CAUUUCUUCAGUCUGUUAACGGCACGCCAACGAUGCAGACGCGUCUAGAAACCAGCUCCGGCUAACUGUUAAUGCAAGCUAAAUAGCAACUUGGUCUGUAACUGUAACACUCAUACGUAUCGAGUAUACGCACAGUGGUACCAGCUGAAAGUGCGUGAGCUACCUGCCGUUUCAAGUGUAAAAAUUCGAAUUCGAGUGCAAUUCAAGAAAUCAAAAAAAAAAAAAAAUAAUAAUAAAUAAAAAAAAUAAAAGUAAAACGCUUGGAUUGUUGCUAAUUUGGCGAGUUUGGCAAAUUAAGGUCUUAAUUGAAUUAAGCCAAGUGAAAGAGAAACAUCGGCGGCUGUCCAGGAAGAAGAAGAAGAAGCAGCAGGGGAGAGCGUUACCUCGACGAUCUUCUGGCCAAGUUAGUUAGCUGUCGACUGCUGCCGCUGUUUAUGGCACUUAAGCUAUGAAGCAAGGCAUGCAACUCACCGCCGCCUGGCUGUGCUUAUUGGCCACGGCUAGUCUGGCUCAAAACCAAGAGUCCUCCGCCAAGUGGUCCAGGCAACUGGAGAAUGUGGCCACCUCGGAAACGGAUUCCCUCGACUGGAUUCCCCUGGCACAGCCCCUCGAUGGAAGCAAGGAUCGCUCGGGCAAUGGACGCGUGCUGACCUACUCCCAGACCUUUCCGCCCAGUGCUCGGUUCGGCGAUCUGACCAAGACGGGCUCCCAGUUCGACUACCCCUUUCAGUUCCAGCGGUAUCCCAAUGGAGCGGGUCAGGCGCUGCCUCUUCGCCAGGCGCCACCACCACCUCCAUCCACGCUGAAGGCCUCAGGAGUUGGUCAGGAGCCCACCUCGCAGUCGUUCUUCAAGUUCGAGAUGCCCUUCCAUGGCAACAACGAGGGACAGGCUCAGGCGCCGCCCACCCUCCAAACGGGCUACCAGAUUCAGCACACCUUCGGUGCUGGAGCUCCAGGAUUCCCGGCUCCCUCCUCGCUCUUCAGUCCCCCAUCUCUCUUCGGACAACAGGGACAGGGACAAGCCUUCGGCGCAGACUUCCAUUCGCUGGGCUCCCAGAAGCCUUUGGCACAGGCUCUGAAUAAGCCACUUCAUCAGCAGAACUACGUGCAGGAUAUUCUGCCUCCCAAGACCCUAGGAAAGCCUCUACCCACCCAGGCCUCCCUGCACAGUGUGACGCCACAGGUCUUUCCCGUGGAUCCCGAAGCCGAUACCCUCUUUGGUUCGAACAAGCCAGCUCCCUCGUCGGCUCCAUCUUCCUCCCGCGAUCAGGAUGUCCAGCUGCUGUAUGUGCCCUACGAUACCCUGUACAACCAGCAGCGCCAGCAAUCCGGAUCGAGUGCCAACUUUGAGGUGAACAAGUUCAAUGUGAAUCCCGGUCUGCCUGCUGUGAAUCCCUACCAGAUCAACCAGUUCUACACCCAGGAUCCCAGUGGAGGCAGUGAUUACUUCAGCUCGGGGACCACUUCGAGGCCCAGUACCACCACCAGUCAGCCGCAGAGCAUCUUCCAGAGCUUCGGACAGCCGCAGCUUCAGUCACAGACGCAGUUCACCACAGCGAAGCCCAAGCCGAAGGCCCAUCAGCCUCCGCUGGCCAUGUUCCUGCUGCGAUCCAGCUCCCGUCCCUCGCAAUCGGAUGUCGUCACCGCCCUGAGGAGUGCCCACAGCAUCUCGGUCAUCGACUCGCCCACUAAGCAGACACCGGAGAUCUUUGUGGGACCAGCUGGCAUGCCCAUUCCCGAGGGCUAUGUCAAGUUCGAUCUGCCAUAUCUGUCGCAGCUCACCUCCAAUCGCGAUUUGAGUGACGUUUCCUUCUUCGUGGCUCCCUUGAGCUACCGUACUCCAAAUGGCUUCAACAAGAUCCUGCUGCCAGAGCCCCAUGUGGGUUCCAUCGUGGUCAACAGGGCCAAGGAUAUCGGUUCCAGCCAGCAGCAGCGACCCCAACGACCCUAUGCCGCCGUCAGCAGCACCCGCAAUCCGUUCGAGACCACCACUCAGUCACAGAUCCCGGCCCAAGGUCAGGUUCCCGAGCGGGGCAACAAGUUCAGCUACUACUACGUGCAGGAUGGCAUCCAGGAGGUGAGCUCCCCGAAGAUUCCCGCCAAGCAGGAGCGACACAAGAAGAAGCGGCCGCAGAACGUUCAGGUGCAACAACAGCAGUCGAUCUACCGACCAUCGCCGACCAAGGCCCAGACUCAAAACCCCUUCGAUACUCUCAACCAGAUCGGCGGCGAUGACUUCUUCAAGACCCUGGGUAGCAAACCCACUACCAGCUCCACUUCGAGCACAUCUACGACGACCACAACGUCCACCACUUCGACGACGGCUGCUCCGCAAUCCCUGUUCACCUACAGCACGCGACCACAGAUCGAGUUCCCCGGCUCCAGUGGCCAGUUGUAUCCGCAGUACGUGCAGGAACCGGUGCAGGAGCCACUUCCCCGGUUGACCACCCGACCGCCCACUGCCUCCACGGCUGAGGAGGAGCACCGCAUGAAGCAGUACUUCCGUCAGCAGGAUGCCUUCCGCCAGCGACCUCACACCACCAACCCUCCGUUCGAAUAUACCCCUAGUUCCGCGGACUACGAGGCUCCCCUGCCCACCACCACCACCACCCAGAGGAUCAAGACGAAGCACCGGGUCAAUCUGUAUACUCCCGCUGCCGUUCCGGUGACCACUUCGGAUGUGGGCUACAACAGUGUCGAUCAGCAGGCGCCACUGAACCAUCGGCCCAGCUAUAACCAGGUUCAGAACGAGAUUCUGGACAACAGCAAUGUGGAGUACGAGCCAAAUCCCUACCACGUGCCCUCGGAGCUGCCUGCCCUGACUCCGGAUAUUCCCGGACUGGUUAACAAUCUGCAGGAGAAGGACAAGUUGCAGCCACCGGUACCCACCACUCCAUUGGCCGAACCGGAACCGGAAACGCGACCCACCAGGCGACCUGUGCUGCGCACCCGCAAGCCGGCAGUUACCAAGGUGACCUCCUCCGUUUCCUACUCGGAAUCGGAGUCCAAUGGCAAGCUGCCCACUCACCGCAUCCGAAGGCCAUACAGCAGUCGAGGAACCACUGCGCCAGAUGCCUCCACCGGCAGCGGAGAUGGUGCCGAGGAGUCGGCAGUGACCCCCACUCGUCGUCCGACCAGUGCCCGGAAUCCCCUCAUCCGCAACCCCAAUCGCAUCCGCUACAGGCCGACCACCGAGGAGCGUCAGACGCUGAAGACCAAGCCGCGGAAGGGUUCGAAGAACGGCAAGCCGCACGAGGAUCAGGACAUUGACUACCAGAGGGAUGUGCUCAAGCAGAACUACCCGGUGUUCAAGGCUCCGUCUAGGCGACCCACCAGCCCCACUGCCAUUCCCAGCUCCUACGAUGUACAGGGCACCACCGAAGGACCCGCCUCCGAGUCUCAGCAGGUGUACACGGUGACUCCCAGCAACAGCAUCGAUGGCGGCAGCGAGCAGAGCGGCUUCCCCGGCAAUCUCCUCGAGCCCAUGCAGAUUGCCCAGCACUACCAGGAGUUCUCCAAGGACAACUACGGUCCCGGCUAUUUCCCCAACCAGGAGGAUCUCAGUCCCACGGAGGCCAUCGUGCGCAACGAGGUGAGCCCCAUCUACACGACACUGGCCACCACAACGCCCUCGACCACCACGACCACGACCACAACCACCACUGAGGCUCCAUUGACCACGACUACCACAACACGUCGCUCGCCCUUCGUGAGAAGGAACUACCCGAGACUGCGCACAACCACGACGACAGAGGCACCAGUGACCUCCACCACACCCUCGGAGGAUAGGCCAUCGAUCCGCGCUCGACUGCCACCCCGUCGAGUGGUGAAGGUGCGUCAGCGACAGCGUCGUCCAUCGCAUCCCGCCUCCUCUUCAACAGUGGCGCCCGAAGAGGAAUCCGAGCCCAUCACCCAGAAGCCAAAUCUGCGCAAGUUGAGCCGCUACAACAACCAGGAGCCCAAGGAAAAGGAGGCCACAGUGUCACCCAUCACCCAGCGUCGUCGGUACAAGCAACCCUUCCAGCUGGAGGGACAGGAAUCCCAAUGGUCGCCAUCCUCGGAAACAGCCAACAGCAAUGCCAACUCGAACAGCUUCAAGCCGCUGAGUCCCAAGUACAAAACCGAGACGCACAACUUCGAGAGCGAACCGGAGAUUGUGACCGCCGGGCCAACCAAUCAGCCGGAAACCUACGAGAUCAAUGUGGCUGCCGAUCUGGGGGGUUCGACGGUUCAGCGCACCACCAUCAUGGCACCCAAUCUGAAGCCAGAGAAAUCCUUUGCCGAGUUGUUGGAGGAGGUGAUGGGCAAGGCCCCGGAGGCCGCCACCACCGAGUCCACCAGCAGUACCAUCAGUCGCCUAAGCAGACGCGGCAAGUGGCAGAAGAAGAAUCGUUUAUCCGGCAGCUCGGAUAACGCCGAGAACUUCGAAACGGCCGAGUCCCAGAAUCUGGGACCUCAGCUCUACAAUGCCCUUCAAGCAGCCAGCGAAAAGGAGGAGCUGCCCAAGACCACCACUCCCCUGACUCCCUCCACCGAGGCCCAGACAGAAACUGCGGUGGUGACCACCACAGUGCCCGCUCCCACGACGCCCGAGGAGUACGAGGUAACCACCGCCCAGGGCGUCGAGGAGGCCACCAUCACCUCCACCCUGCCCGCGAGCGAGGAGAGCGCCACGCGGCGCAUGGACACGGCGGCGGAUGUGGACGACCUGGAGGUGCAGCCGAGCAUCUUCUCGGAGGUGAAGAAACAGCUGCACGAUCUUUUUGCCAUCGAGGAGAGCGAGGACGAGGCAGUGACCGCCGCCCUGGCUGCCGUGGGCAAGCGUCGCCAGGAGUACACGAGUAUCCGACGCACCAGUCCGGGUACGCAAUUGGAGAAAACCACUUUGGCGCCCGCGGAUGAGGCCACCACCACCACGGAAGCCACCGUGGCGGAGAGCAAAAAGGACAGCUUCCACAAGGAUCUGAUGGAGCACGUGGUGUACGCCACUUCCACUUCGACCAAAGUCACCUCCGAGACGGAGAUCUGCUACCGCGGACGCUGCAUCCGCUCCGAGGAUCUGCCCGCCAACCACAAACUGCACUGAGCACACUCCUCCGGCAGCGGAAGGUGAAGAGAUUCAUCAUGUAAAUAGGGGCAGAGGGGAUACGGAUGGGGUUCAGGGGUCCAGGACGAUGGCCCAACAUACAAAACCGUAUCCACUUGUAAUUACCUAGCUUUAACUACAAAUAUGUUAAGGAUAAGCAGAUGGAAAAAACAAGAUUUCCAGGAAUUUUUUUAAAAAGGAUUUCAUGUAAGAUAAGAAGUAAUCUACUCCGUAAGAACGUUAUACGAAAUUUCUAUAAAGAGAACUUCCUUUCUUAAAUUCUUGAUGCUUCCAUUUAGAACAAUUAGUUGAUAGAUCUUAGUGUUAGCAUUACGUCAGGAUACCACAUAGCCAGCAUAUAAGUCUUGUACCAUAUGUACAUCGUUGUGUA